AUGUGUGACAGAUUUAACAUUUCAGAUGAUUUGAAGGUUGGCUUUUUCAGCACAGACCAUGCUACUCAAACGGAUUCCAGUGAGAUUUUGCCGGUAAAAGAGUUGAGUUCAUCUACACAAAAGCUAAUGCAGAUUGUUAAAUCCCUUCAGGUGGAUUUUGGGUUCCUCAAACAACUGAUACAACUGAAGUUCGAGGACCGUCUUAAAGAGGAAUCUUGCAGACUCUUCACUUCUCUACACGACAGGAUCCUGGCAAUUGAAAAACGUUACCAACAGAAUGAGAAUACCUUAAGAAAAUGCUAUAAUCAGCAGCUGGCCGAUGCCAUAGCUACUAUCAAAGGAAUGUACCAGCAGUUCUUUGAGGUGGAAGAAGAGAAGACAUCUGUGCAUGACGCGAUGACUGUCAAAAUGAAUAUUUUGUUAAAAAAGCUGAAAGAGAAAGAAGAACUCAUUAAGCAAUUAAGAGAAGAACUAGACAAAUAUGAAGAAUUUGGAUUUCAAAAAGUUGACUCUUUUAUCAAAGAAGGCAGCCCUCUAAGAACAGCUCUAGAAAAGGAAAAUUUGGAGUACAAACUGGAAAAUGAGAGGCUGCUGCAAGUCGUUUCAGAACUCGAAGAAGAAUUCCAACUCAAUCUAAAAGAAAAUUCAGUAUUAGAAGAUGAAAUUAUACAUCUGAAAGAGACAGCAGAAAAGGAUCAUAAAACCAUUCAAAAGCUAAUUGAUGGCAGAGACAAAUUAAUAUAUGAGCUUGAUUUGGAAAAAUCAUUAGUUCAAGAAAUGGUUAAUAAACAGAAGGAAGACCUUGAAACGAGAAGAAAGUUUGAUGCCAUAGUUGCCAAGAGCCCCAGAGCCACGAAGGGGAAAGAAACCACUUUGUCCCCGUGGCCCUCACAGCUCAGGAGUGCAGGCGCUCUGAGGCCACAUUCUUCCUUCAUCGCUUCAUUGCCUUCUAAGGCCAAAAGAGUCAAAAGUGCAAAGAUGGCUUCCAAGGAAGAGCAGCCUACGGUUAAACAUGCAAUACCUGCUGUGAUACAUGGAGAAAAAGCAAGACUAUCAGUGACUAAGAUCGAAGAAGAGAAACAUGUUUUGGAAGAGCAAAUAGAAAUGUUAAAGGCUAAGUUAGAAAAAGAGAAAAAGAAGUCAGAAAGGGUUAAGAAAGAAUCAGAUCAGAUCAGCAAAAACUGGGAAAAGAAAUUCUUAAUUCUCAGGAACAGCUUUCACGUCCUUAAGAACGAGAUGUUUACUCGGCAUACAUUGUUUCGUCAGUUUGCAGUGCUGACUGAUACAUCCUUCAAUUAUGCUAAAGUUAAACCUUUAUUUGUUCAAUCCAAAAUGAACUUGAUAACAGAGUCGACAUCUUCUGCAAGUGUUUAUCAUUCAUCUUCGAUAGACAACACCUAUGUUGACCUAGGCGGCGAUCAGAUAUCCCUUCCUGUUUCACCAAAAGCGAGGUUGUCAGAAACCCUGGAAGAAGAGCCUUUGGAGAAGCAGUCGAUGCCCCGGAACACCCCAAUAUCGUACCCUCAGUCGAGCACCGCGCUUGAAGAGAAUGCCAAGUGCGCGCGCUCUGCGCACCUUUCCAAGCCCUUACGGAAACCGCUCGCUGGUGCUUGCAGGCCACCCUCAAGCAAAGCGCCGGCGCCCCUCCAAAGCGAAGUCAGCGCAACAGCUUGUUUGGAAAAGGUGCCGAUCCCCCAAGUAAAGCGUUGGCGUGAAGCUGCGGGGACCUGCGGAGGGCCCAGACCGCCCCGCGGAGCGAGGAUAGAUGCCGAGGGCCCCCGAAAGCAGGGGCGGGCUAGAGACCUGCGCCCCGCCACUGCCCCUGCUGGCGCUGGCGCCUCAGCCCGGAGGCAGAACCAGCUCGCUGCAGCCUGCGCCCUGGGCCACAGGGCCCUCUGCAGGCGGCCGCCCGAGGGCUUCCCGCCUGCCCAGGGGUCGCUGUUACCCCCGGUCUCCCCAGAGGAAGCCUUGGGUCCCAUCUCCUGCCCUCCUUCAGGCCGUUCGGCCCCCUCUCUGCUCGCCGCUUCCUGGAGCCCCUCUUGGAGACUUCCAUGCGCAAAGAUAGCAGGACCGCGGAGAGCCCGGAGCCCGGCAGCCACUUCCAGCCUCGAGGGAAGACAGACAGCCCCGGAGCCCCGACUGCCCCGCGAGCAGGGGCUAGGCGUGCCUCGGGAGAUGCUGGUCCGACUCCACCCCGGCUCUCCGGAACCCUGGGAACGCCGAGCGGCGGGCGGGGCGCAUGCGCGCCUCCGGUCAGGGUUCCCUCCCCAGCCCACCGAGUUUGGGGAAAGUUUGGCGAGGUUUGCCUUGGCAGCAGCGGACGUCCCAAAGGCCGAGCUGCCCUGGGGAUGCGGCCAGGAGGCCCCCGGAGUCCCGGGAGCCGGCUCGGCGGGGGCCCGAGGGCUGAAAGGCGGCAGAAGGUGGGGAAAAGGAGGGCUUUUGUGUGUGGCACAGGAGAGUCACUUGCGCACAAACGCAGAAGCGCGCUCCGCCGUCGCCUCAGCCUCCGCCGCUGCACCUCCGCCUCCAAGGCGCUUCAUUACAGCCGAGCCCUUCCCCCGCCUCCCCCCGGCCCCGGCCUUUGUUCGGCUUGAAAGUAAUGCUGUGAAUUAA